AUGGAAAAUCUCUCAAUUUACAAUGUCACAAUCAAUGUGUUAAAUGUAGAACUAGAUGUUGCCAGCAAGGACCUGAGCCUCCGGGCACUUACAGGCUUGUUAUUGUCCUUGCUCAUACUUUCUACUCUUUUAGGGAACACAUUAGUAUGUUUAGCUGUAAUCAAGUUCAGACAUCUCAGGUCCAAAGUGACCAACUUCUUUGUCAUCUCUUUGGCUGUGUCAGAUCUGUUUGUUGCUCUUCUGGUGAUGCCAUGGAAAGCAGUGACUGAGGUAGCAGGCUACUGGCUCUUCGGAAAGUUUUGUGACACCUGGAUUGCCUUUGACAUAAUGUGCUCUACAGCUUCCAUCCUGAACCUGUGCAUCAUUAGCUUGGACCGAUAUUGGGCAAUUGCAAGUCCUUUCAGAUAUGAGAGAAAAAUGACACAGAGGGUGGCUUUCAUCAUGAUCGGUGUAGCAUGGACAUUAUCAAUCUUAAUAUCAUUCAUUCCAGUGCAGCUCAGCUGGCAUAAAUCUCAAGGGACUGUUGGAGAGCUUAAUGCUACAAACCAGACAGAGAAUUGUGACUCCAGCCUUAAUAGGACAUACGCCAUAUCUUCUUCUCUAAUUAGCUUCUACAUACCUGUGGUAAUCAUGAUUGGGACAUAUACAAGAAUAUAUAGGAUAGCUCAGACUCAGAUCAGAAGGAUCUCUUCACUGCAAAAAGCAGUAGAGCAUGCUCAGAGUUGUCAUCCUGAUUGUCCCCACGAAAACUCACUAAAGACUUCCUUCAGGAAGGAAACUAAGGUCCUGAAAACAUUGUCCAUUAUCAUGGGGGUGUUUGUAUUCUGCUGGCUACCAUUCUUUGUUCUGAACUGCAUAGUACCUUUCUGCCACAUUGGUCUUCCAGGACAUAGUGAUCCAGAACCCCCAUGUGUUAGUGAAACCACAUUCAGCAUAUUUGUGUGGUUUGGUUGGGCCAAUUCAUCCCUCAACCCUGUCAUUUAUGCAUUUAAUGCAGAUUUUAGAAAAGCAUUCACCACCAUACUGGGAUGUAACAGAUUCUGUUCCAGCACCAACGUGGAAGCUGUCAACUUCAGCAAUGAGUUAGUGUCCUACCACCAUGACACCACUUUUCAGAAAGAUAUCCCAGUCACUUUCAAUAGCUCCCAGCUUCCCAACGUUGUGACUCAAGACCAAGAGGAUUUGGAAGGGCAUUGUUUGGACAAAGUAUCUAUCAUAUCCAAUUCUCAUGGAAACAGGAGUCAUAAGAACGUGCUGUUACCUGUUAGUGUUCAGUUUGAAUGUGAGGCAGAAAUAUCUUUGGAAACAAUUACUCCGUUUACUUCUGCGGGACCCCUAGAAUGUCAUCCGCAUGCAGUGACUGAUGAGGACAGUCAAUAUACUACAAAACUAUAUUAG